CGGUUUUCGUGACCCUGUGAUAACUCGGCGAUGGUGUGGAAAUAUUUGUCUAAUAAACUGACUCGAACGAGGGUUUCGUUUUCAGUUGAGUCUGUCCAGUCGUACCCUGCAGUCGUGUUGGAAGGCUAGACAUUUUAAGAGACUGUCUGAGUAGUGAUCCAAGAAAGAUAAGGAACGAAGAGCUCGACGCAAGACAGAUAUCAAGAUGAAGACACUCGUUGUGUUCAUGUGCUUAAUGGUCGCCGGCUGGGCUCGGUACGAAAAUGAGAUGAGGCUUGCUAACAACCGAUUCGCGGUUGAUCUUAUUAAAAGCCUCCCAAGUUCUCCAGAGAAGAACAUCUUCUUCUCGCCUUACAGCAUUUCAACAGCGAUGGGAAUGGUUUUCGCAGGAGCUAGGGGUAAAACCCUAAAAAAUUUGUAUGACGGAUUUGGUUAUCUACGCUCUGGUCUUAAAGAGGACUGGGUAUUGCAAGCAUACGCGGACCAUGCUAAACAACUCCAGGUUGGGCAAUCGCAGUCGACCUUCGACGUUGCCAACGCCGCUGCCAUUCACGAACGUAUGUCCCUUUUGAAUGCUUUCGAGAGCACCCUGGAUAGCACUUUCCAUGCCCAACUACUGAAGGUAGACUUCGUCAACGGAGGGCCGGCAGCAGUCGACGAGAUCAACAGGUGGGUCAAGCAAAAAACUCAUGACAAGAUCGACGAACUAUUCGAUGAUCCCCUCGACCCGGACACAAGGCUCGUUUUGCUAAACGCCAUCUUUUUCAAGGGAGUGUGGAGCACAAAGUUCGACGAGAGCGCAACCACUGAGAAGCAGUUCCUUAACGGUGGCACGACUCCAACACAAGUUGACACCAUGACAAAGAGCAUCCACAUUGGCUACAAGUCGUUUCCGACAAUACGGUUGGAGGUCGCAGAAUUACCUUACGCUGGCGGCAACUACAGUAUGGUUAUAUUAUUGCCAAGGGGGAACGAAGGAAUAGAAGGAUUCAAGCACAAUCUGACGGAAAACCAUCUGCAAGAUAUAAUCGGUCACGUGGAGCCCCGUAAAGUCACCGUGUCUCUUCCCAAAUUCAAACUGGAGGCUGAGUAUUCACUCAAAGACAACCUGAAGAACUUGGGCAUCACCGAGAUGUUCAGCGCUCAGGCUGACCUGUCUGGUAUCACGAGCGAUGCAGACCUCACGGUGUCGGACGUGGUGCACAAAGCGGUCGUGGAAGUCAACGAAGAAGGCACGGAGGCUGCUGCUGCUUCGGGAGUCGUUGCUGUCAACAGGCUGAUUGGGGUGCCUAGUCUGGAGUUUAACGUCAACCAGCCUUUCCUCUUCUUCAUUCGGAACACCCAGACUCAAGAUUUGCUCUUCGCGGGACAAGUCAACCAUCUCUGAAGAUCUCAGAUGUUUCCACAAUGAAAGAACGCUAGGAGCACGGUAUUUUUUUAACAAUAGAAUUAAAAUGUUUUGAAUGCAA